GUGAGCCUGGGCAAUGCCUAUGGAGACCUCGGCAACGUGGAUCAUCAGAAGGAGCUCCUCGAGAAGGCCCUCUGCAUCCAGGAGAGGCAUUUCGGAUCGGAUCACUGGGAGUUGCUGAGCUCACUGACGGGGCUAAGCAUGGUCUACGACCGCAUGCGGGACUUUCACAGGAAGAAG